AUGAGACCCAAAUUAAAGUAUCAGCCAUUGAAGCUUCAACUUCGAAGUAUAUCAUCAUCCGUCACCUUCACCCCAUUAGAUCCAUCCAAAGGGCAGGUCCCCAGCAAGAUAGGGAAAUUGAAAGUACCAUUGUUGAAAUCACCUUCACAUUUUGGACAUUUCAGUUCCAGAGUUAACCGAAUGUACAACGAGGAUAAAUAUAGUGCCAAUGUUCUUGAUAUCAAUGGCAGGACCGUUUUCAACUUCAAUAUUUUUGAUGGUCAUGGAGGGGAUGAAUGUUCGAAGUAUUUAAGUGCUCAUUUAAGUGAAGAUAUUGAAAGUGCUGAAUUAGAUGAUGAACGUAGAGAUGAAUUAGUUAAGAAAUACGUUGAUAAUAUAGGAGGAUAUUGGAAGAGAUGGUACAGGCAUAGGAAAGAUAACUUCGUACGAAUGGUGAAUUCCAAUAAUGCUUUGAAUCUUCGAUCAGUUGAAUGUGAAGAUGAUUUCGGUAUUAGAUUACCGAUGAGCUUCUUAACUUGUGAUUAUAAGUUCUUUGAAACCGGUGAAAAAUCAGGGUCAACAUGCACGUCUGUGUUAUUGGAUACGAUUUAUUCUGAUCCCAACAAGAAGUUCAAACCUGUUUAUGAAGAUUAUUAUUUCAAUCGUAGAACGAUUUCCAAAUUAACUAUUGGACAUGUUGGAGAUACCAAAGCUAUUCUUGUGGACAAGAAUGGAGAAGCACAUUCAUUAACUACUGACCACCAUCCUUCUAAUCCUAUAGAAGCUUCACGGUUAAGAAAAUAUGCUGCCAAUUUUUUCAUGACAGAUUCUUUUGGUGAAGAGAGAUUCAUUUCCUUAGCCAAUACUCGGGCUUUUGGUGAUGUCAACUUUAAGAAUAUGGGAGUAACAGCUGAACCAGAUAUUUCCCAACUCAUAAUUGGUGAUACCGAGACUCUUCACAAGAAAUUGACCCCACAAGAGAUAAGUGAUUAUACCAUUGGAGGUAAUGGAGGAGACGAAAGUUUCUUGAUUUUAUGUAGUGAUGGAGUUACCAAUGAAAUAACUGACCAAGAAGUUGCCGAUAUAGUCAUGAAUACCUUUAAUAUGAGAGGUCAAAAUGUUACUCCUCAACUAUGUAGUGAAGAAGUUAUAAAAUUCAUUGAAUAUAUUGGAGGUGAUGAUAAUGCUACCUGUUUAGUGAUUCGAUUAAACGGGUGGGGGAAGUGGAACGUUAAAGAUAGAACUGGAGAAUUAAGACAACAAAGAAUGGAAGACUCUUUCAGAAGAGGUGAUGAUAGAUAG